ACUUAUAAUUAAUCCCUUCCGAGAUCGUAAACUUGACCUUUUGUUAGUGUUUUGUUUGCGCUGCGACUGCGCAGGUCUGGAUUACGUGUGUUAUGUGAAAAAAGUGAAAAACUCAAUAUGAUACGAGCGUCUAUCGUUAUUCUAGUCAUAGUAUGUGUGUCUACUACUCUAGAACAAAGUAUACCAAACUCACCUUGCCCCAACGUAUUCCAAUACGAGCAGACGGGAUUCGAACCGGGUCAAUGGUAUGGAGUAGUUAACUUAUCGACAGAUAACACUCUACAUUCUUUAUGGUUGAAUAUCGUGCUAGAUGGCAAAGCGAAUAUUCUUGGGAACUGGGUAGGAGAUGUCACAACAAAUGAUAACAUCGAUUUUAAAAUCGAAAACACCAACAUGAAGAUCCACCCUGGCCCUGCCGUAGCUGUCAGAUUCUUUGUCAGAUACGACAAACUCAAUAAGCCACCCAGAGUUCAAGCCAUCCGAUUGAAUGGGAGAGAAAUUUGCAAAGCAAAUGCUAAUCCAACUAUUGACAGACCAGACCUGGUUUCUAGACCUGAUUCAAGACCUAUAUCAGAAUCCCGGCCUGACGUCGCCUCACGGCCUGUUGAGAGACCCGUCUCAACAAGGCCGAACGAGGCAAGGCCGGAAACAAGGCCAGAUUCCAAGCCAAUAAUCAGAGCAGAGGACAGCCCUAUUACUCGACCCGUGUAUGGAAGACCGUCUGGCGACGGACCUGUUUAUACGCCUACUCAGCAUCCACCAAAAGACCAAAGCAAUGUGAACCCUUAUAGCAUUGGUGGUAGUGCCCCGUCGCAGAGUGUAACAGAAGGACGUCCCUACCAGCUGACGACUUCCACGUUUCGUACUACUACCAGAGAUGAUGAUGACGACAGCCGCCCCGAUCCAAGCGAAUAUUUCGAGGGUGGACAGCCAACAUUCAUCGUUUCUGGUUCGGGAAAUAGCAAUUCCGGUAGCGGCAGUGACAACUCGAACAAUAGACGCACAAAGGAUCAAUGUGGAAAAGUGGUGCGUAACUCCCCAAACCCUUUAGUGGUGAAUGGAAAGCCGACUUUGGAAGGACAGUGGCCCUGGCAAAUCGCGUUGUAUCAGACCCAGACGGUAGACAAUAAAUACAUAUGUGGAGGGACCCUGGUCAGCCACAAGCACGUGAUAACAGCAGCUCACUGUGUGACCCGCAAAGAGUCUGUUCGAGUCGUUAACAAAAACACGCUAACGGUGUAUCUUGGAAAACACAACUUGAGAACUACUGUGGACGGAGUUCAGAUACGACUUGUGGGUGAAAUUAUAGUUCAUCCACGAUACAACGCGUCGUCAUUUAGCCGUGACCUCGGUAUUCUGAAGUUGCGGGAAUCCGUCCAAUACACCGACUAUGUGAGACCAGUCUGCCUUUGGCCAGAUGAUUUGGUAGACCUUAACAAUGUCAUCGGGAAAACUGGAUCAGUGGUAGGUUGGGGUUUUGAUGAAACAGGAGUGGCAACAGAAGAACUUACUCUAGUAGAGAUGCCAGUGGUGGACCACUUGACCUGCAUACGGUCCUACAGCGAGUUCUUUUCAAGAUUCACCUCGGAUGACACCUACUGCGCAGGGUUUAGAGAUGGGAUCAGCAGUGGGGGUAAAAUUAAAAAUAAACGUACAUCGGUGUGCAAUGGUGACAGCGGUGGUGGCAUGGUUUUCAGAAUGCAAGGAAUGUGGUACCUUCGAGGUUUGGUGUCCCUCUCUGUGGCGAAACAUAAUGAAUACCGCUGCGAUACCAGCCACUAUGUUAUAUUUACGGACCUAGCUAAAUUCUUGCCAUGGCUAAAGGACAAUAUAAGGGAUUAGUAGAAAGAGCCAUCUUUGACAAACUAUGUAACUGAUAUAUUAGCAGUUUCAGUGCACUCUACUUUCUAACGACGUAACUAAAAUAACGGAUUUAUUAGUAUUUUUUAAUAUACCGCCAUCUAUUGUACUUACAACGUAAUAUGACAAAUGAUACAAUAGAUUUUUCGUUUGUUAAGGAUUAUGUAAUUAUUUUGAUAUUUUAUACAUGUAAGUGCCCUUUUGUAAUGUACUGUAUUCGAGACUGUGAAUCGAUAAUGCUCAAGAAUUAUUCUAAAUUAGUAAUAUUUUUUUAUGUACUACGGGAAAUGUUUCGAAUAAAUUUUUAUUGUAUA